AUGACCCCGCGAGCCGGAACCAUGCGGCUAGCCUGCAUGUUCUCAUCCAUCCUGCUGUUUGGAGCCGCAGGCCUCCUCCUCUUCAUCAGCCUGCAGGACCCCACGGAGCUCGCCCCUCGACAGCUGCCAGGAAUAAAGUUCAGCAUCAGGCCGCAGCAGCCCUACAACGACCUCCCACCAGGCAGUUCCCAGGAUGGUGACUUGAAGGCACCUACGGAAAAGGUCCCCAGAGACUUGUCCAGCCGGGCCCCGAGGGGCUCCCGCCUGCUGGUGCCCGACCGGCCUCAAGCCCAGCUAAACGUGGGGACCCGGCUCCGGCCCCGGCAGCGCCGCCGGCGGCUGCUUAUCAAGAAAAUGCCGGCUGCGACAGCCAUCCAGGCCAAUGGCUCGGCCGGCGCCUUGGCGCGGCCGGCACCCUGGGCCCCCGACGGCCACUGGGUCACCCUGCACCACAGCCAGCAGGAGCGCAAGCGGGUGAUGCAGGAAGCGUGUGCCAAGUACCGGGCCAGCAGCAGCCGCAGGGCGGUCACCCCCCGCCACGUGUCCCGCAUCUUCGUGGAGGACCGCCACCGCGUACUGUACUGCGAGGUGCCCAAGGCGGGCUGCUCCAACUGGAAGCGGGUGCUCAUGGUGCUGGCGGGGCUGGCCUCGGCCACCGCCGACAUCCAGCACGACACCGUGCACUACGGCAGCGCCCUGAAGCGGCUGGACACCUUCAACCGCCAGGGCAUCCUUCACCGCCUCAGCACCUACACCAAGAUGCUCUUCGUCCGCGAGCCCUUCGAGAGGCUGGUCUCCGCCUUCCGCGACAAGUUCGAGCAUCCCAAUAGCUACUACCACCCCGUGUUCGGCAAGGCCAUCCUGGCCCGGUACCGGGCCAACGCCUCCCGGGAGGCCCUGCGGACGGGCUCUGGCGUGCGCUUCCCCGAGUUCGUCCAGUACCUGCUGGACGUGCGCCGGCCCGUGGGCAUGGACAUCCACUGGGACCACGUCAGCCGGCUCUGCAGCCCCUGCCUCAUCGACUAUGACUUCGUGGGCAAGUUCGAGAGCAUGGAGGACGAUGCUAACUUCUUCCUGAGCCUCAUCCGGGCGCCGCGGAACCUGACCUUCCCCCGGUUCAAAGACCGGCACUCGCAGGAGGCGCGGACCACGGCGCACAUCGCCCACCAGUACUUCACCCAGCUCUCGGCCCUGCAGCGGCAGCGCACCUACGACUUCUACUACAUGGACUACCUGAUGUUCAACUACUCCAAGCCCUUUGCGGACCUGUACUGA